GGGAGGAGCGCGGGAAGAAGGAGGGGGAGUCUCAUCGACACAACGGAAAACAGUCCAUCUCUCUCUGUGAUUGAGGGUACCUCGUGUGGCUUUCUAGGAUCCCCUUUCGUCCUCAUCUCUCGGUGUCACUCGUGCGGAGAUUUAAGGUGUUGGGUCGGCGUCGCUGCCAUGUUUGUUUUUAUUAUUUAUAACCGAUACUAAUACUGGAAAGGACCGGGCCGGACCAUCCCGGAAAUAACAUGCGUACUCUCAGCCUGUCACGUACGCUCACUGAGGAUUUUGUUCUCUGUGUAAGAUAUUCUACACAACGUCAAGAUGUGUUUUGAAGAGGUACACGUAAACACAGAGAGCGACAGUAUUAAAUGACAGUGGAGGGGUGAGGUAAAGACUGAGUUUUUGGACAUGAAACUUCCUCUGGUCUGUGCGCAUGUGGCAGCUCAGCUCCCCAUCAGAGAAAGCUAGAAAAUGAGGCGAGGACGUGAGCUACGUGCGCAUCCAGCAGAUGACGAGAUGAAAUGGAGAUCCUGGGACGCACGGACCUUUUGAGCCCGAACUCAUCCCAGGAAUCCGUUGCUACUUUGCCUUCACAAGAAGGAAGGACCAGCGGAGAGCAGCUGCCCCGUAGACCCACUGAAGUUCAGCGCACGUACAGGGCGGACAUGGGGCUGAACGGCAUUUGUGCUUCGCCGGUCGGGAGCCCGACAGCCGCUGAGCUCCUCGCAGGUUUGUCCUCUCAGAACCACUCACCCGGAAUCACCACACCGACGAAACAGUCGAAGACCGGCGUCCCUCCUUACAACGGCGGGGUGGUGUCCCCAUCUGCCACCAUUGAGGGGAGCCAAGAAAGCGCUCAGGCUCACACACCUGACGGUUACCCGGCACAAAUAAAGGGAACAGAGGGUAUAAACGGUGACCUUGAAUACCCUCUCAUCACCAGCAGAGCCUUUCAUGGGGAGAGCGGGGAUUCGACAGGUUACAACAAGUGCCCUUUGUGGAUAAAGAGGGUCAAUGGUGAUCUGAAGGGCAGACAUGUGCACCAGCAGAAAUGCAGGCCUGGAGAGAAAAGAGUGUCAGAAACUAAUGUUGCAUCAGAGUCACUGGAGUUUGUCAGUUCUGGAAAUUCUGCAUUCAUUUCCAGAGACUUGGACUUAAAGAGGAGAAAGUUGGCAGAGGAAAGUUCGGUCCCUAAAUCUUCAGAAACCCAAAAAGUAACACAAGUGGGUACCACAUUAACUUUCAAUGUCAACGGCAGCAACGGUUGCAGCAAAAAGACUACUAAUCAUUUGCGCAGUGUCACUACUCAGUCCCCCUUCAUUUCUCCUGCUCCUCAUACUAAACAACAGAACGGAUAUAGUAAGGUGGCCUUCUCAGGUGUUACAGCUUUCCCUAACCAACCAUCCACUGUAGUGUCUAAUAGUAUUCAGAAGACACCAGGUCCUGCAGAAGCCUGCUUGUCAGCAGAACAUAUAGCUCGACAAUACAUAAUUCCCUGUAUGAAAUACUACGGUAUCUGCCUGAAGGACUACUUUUUGGGUGCUGGGCUGGGUGACAAAGUGCGGGAAGAAGUGGAAGCUCUGAACAACAGUGGAAAAUUUCGGGGCGGGCAACUGGUGAGCCAGAAGAGCAUUCCAUCUGGGAGAAUUCGUGGUGACCAGAUUGCCUGGGUGGAGGGCCAUGAGCCUGGUUGUGAGAGCAUUGGCAUGCUUAUGGCUCACAUCGAUGAGGCCGUCAUGUACAGUGCAGCCAACGGACAGCUAGGCAACUGUGUCAUCAAUGGACGCACAAAGGCCAUGGUUGCCUGUUAUCCAGGGAAUGGGACAGGGUAUGUUCGUCAUGUUGACAAUCCUAACGGUGAUGGACGCUGCAUCACCUGCAUCUACUAUCUGAACAAGAACUGGGAUGUGAAGACACAAGGAGGCUUGUUGCAGAUUUUCCCCGAGGGCAAAAAUGUGGUCGCCAACAUUGAGCCUCUGUUUGACCGGCUGCUCAUCUUCUGGUCUGACCGCAGGAACCCACAUGAAGUGAAGCCAGCCUACGCUACUCGCUAUGCCAUCACAGUCUGGUACUUUGAUGCCAAAGAGAGAGAAGAGGCUAAACAGAAAUACAGAUUGGCUGCUGGACAAAAAGGGGUUCAAGUGCCUGUGAGUCAAAACAGCAACACAUAAACGAUAAUUAAUGCAACGUCAAUGGAGAGCACUCUGGAAACGUCACGUGCCUUCCUUAAAACUGUAAAAUGGACGUGGUGAUAGUAAAGGGAGACACUAAAAAAAACUCAUCUCUUCACAACCUUCACGCAACUCUUGCAUUGCCAGCUGUCGGAUUCACGUCACUGGCCAUGUGAUGGCGCUGCUGAUUAAAGACACGGCCGAUACAGAGCACAACAGACUGUGCUGCGUGGAAAAUAUGAGGUCAUAACCAGGGGGUCUUGUUGAAAGAAAAAAAAACUGACCGUGUGAAGAUAACUAACUGAAAAGACACAACAACAGACAAACUUUUUGAAUUAUUCUUCUGGUUUUUCUUGUCACCUAGCAGCGGUGUUGUGAUAUGUCAAGAAAACAUAAUUUCUCCUCUGCUCUGUUUCAUCCCUCAGUUCAUGAAGCAUAAAUGAUCAAUCAACCGACAUAGAGGGGUUUAG